AGGGGCUCUAGCCACAACGGGGCGCGGGACGCUGCUUUUUGUGGAAUACGAUGUUUCGUGGCGUUCACUACGUCGGUACAUUCCACGGAUUCUCAACCAUUUUUCGAACCCCCUUGGAUCACCACCACAGCCCUUCUCCGUCACUCUUCACCUUUGAUGAUUCAAUUGAAUCUUACAUUCGGCAGCGGUGCUUGGAUCAAUUUUGGCGCAUCGUCCCUUGCGUCGAAGUGAUUCUCUAUAUCCCAAUUCAACAUGGCGCAGCCCGAGCUACCCGUUACCGCGGGCUCGACGCCGUCGCGUCAAGCAUCGUCACUCAAAACAGGACUUUACAUGGUGGCCUGGAUUAUAACGUCAAACUUCACGAUUCUGGUUAACAAAUGGCUUAUCAAUGAAGCUGGAUUUGGAUAUCCUAUUCUUCUAACAUGCUGGCACCUCACUUUCGCGUCCAUAGUCACGCAGGUGUUAGCCCGCACAACCAACCUUCUCCGGAGUCGUCGAAACCUGCCCAUCAACGCCAGAUUCUUCACGCGAACCAUCCUACCAAUUGGCAUCGUAUCAUCAGGUUCCCUGGUUUGCACCAAUUUCGUCUACUUCUACCUGUCUGUUGCCUUCCUCCAGAUGGUCAAGGCUUCAACUCCAGUUGUCGUACUCCUCGUGUCAUGGCUCUGGGGAAUCGCGAAUCCCUCCAUGGGCGACAUUGGCAAUAUUUUAGUCAUCGUCGCCGGUGUCACAUUGGCUAGUCUUGGCGAAAUCCAAUUUUCCUGGAUUGGACUGGCCUUUCAGAUGGUCGGCAUCGUGUUCGAGGCUGUGAGAGUUGUCCUCUUGCAGGUGCUUGUCAGCGGCGAGGGCUUGAACAUGGAUCCUUUGGUUGGUCUGUAUUACUACGCUCCGAUCUGUGCAGCAAUCAACUUUCUUGUUGCCUGUGUCAUCGAAAUCCCGAAAUUUACUGUGGACGGCAUGACCCAGUCUGCAUUCUUUAUGCUCUUUAUUAGCGCUCCUGUUGCAUUCAUGCUGAAUCUCACGAGCAUGGCCUUGAUUGGACAAACCUCUGCUGUUGUCAUGUCUCUCGCCGCUAUUUUCAAGAACAUUUUACUUGUAGUUUGCUCUGUUGUCAUCUGGCAUACAACCAUUUUACCCCUGCAAAUGACAGGCUACGGAAUCGGACUUGCUGGCCUCAUGUACUAUUCCUUUGGGUAUGAUCAGUUGAUGGAAGGCUGUCGCCUCAGCGUCGCUUGGGUUUCCUCGUUUACGAAAUUCUCAUCCGAUGAGAAGCACAACAUUUCACCUACGAAGAUGGUUCCCUACUCUUGCACUUGGUUGACGUACCCAUCUACGGCUAACCCCUGGAAGGCCAUGUUCAGGAUCCUCGCCUGCAGCGUCGAUAAUGGUUGA